UAUAGUCCAACGUGAGGGAGCUGCCUGCAUGGUAGCUGCCGGCUGGGCUGUAACCAGAUAACACGGCAUCAUUUACAAAGGAAAGAUUUCACCUUUGAAUGACAAGACAGGCACAGAACCAGGCACAAAAGUCACAUUCCAUCAAUCAACAUGAAAAAUGCUUUUAAUAUUGGAGCCAUCUCAAGAGCGCUGAGCUAGUUCGACGUCAUGCCUGCCCGGCUGAUCACUUUGCUGAGUAUGGAAGUCCUGCUUCUAGCAGACCCUUACCUGAGUGUCCAGAUUGAGCCUGCGGAAGGUAGCCUUGCAGGGGGAACAUGGAUCACAGUUAUUUUGAAUGAUGUGGAGAGCAGCAUUCUUUACCCCAACAAUGGCUCUCAGCUGGAAAUAGACCUGGUGAACUUGGCAGUCCCAGCCUUGCCGAGGAUCCCCUGCGAUGUCUAUCCUGUCUUCGUGGAUUUGCCCAUGGUGACUUGCCAGACCAGAUCUCUGCUGUCUGAAGCCCAUGCAAGACUGUACUCUCUGGAGAUACGCUCUGGGGAGCAAGUGUUAGGCACCUCAUGUUCAGGAUCACUGGACGGCUGUACUUUCAAGUUUUCCAAGGCACAGACACCUGUUGUGUAUCAAGUUAACCCGCCAAGUGGAGUUCCAGGACAAGUCAUACAUGUAUAUGGCUGGAUCAUUGCUGACCAGUUGGAAACCUUUGAUCCUGAUGUGGACUACAUUGACAGCCCAUUGAUCCUGGAAGCUGGCAGAGACAAAUGGCUUACUCCUUGCUCCCUUGUAAAUAAGCAGACAGGAAGCUGUUUUCCCAUCCAGGAGGAACAUGGCCUUGGGACUGUGCAGUGCCGUGUGGAAGGCAACUACAUUGGUUCCCAAAAUGUUAGUUUCUCAGUAUUUAACAAAGGGAGGUCGAUGGUGCACAAGGAAGCCUGGCUGAUCAGUGCUAAACAGGACCUGUUCCUAUACCAGACACACUCAGAAAUUCAAUCUGUGUUUCCAAAAGUUGGGAGCCUUGGUGGAAGAACAGACAUCACCAUUACAGGAGAUUUCUUUGACUCUUCUGCCCAGGUUACCAUUGCAGGCAUCCCUUGUGACAUUAGACAUGUGUCUCCCCGCAAGAUUGAGUGCACUACCAGGGCUCCAGGAAGAGGAGCAAGGCUCACGGCUCCUCAGGCAGGCAAUAGAGGUCUUCGUUUUGAAGUUGGAGAUGCUGUAGAGGAUGUAGAGCUGAACGAAGCCACCCCUGGGUACAGGUGGCAGAUAGUCCCCAAUGCCAGUUCUCCAUCUGGAUUUUGGUCAAAGGAAGGGCGACCAUUCAGAGCACGGCUCAGCGGGUUCUUUGUGGCUCCAGAGACAAACAAUUACACAUUCUGGAUCCAGGCAGACAGCCCAGCUUCCUUGCAUUUCAGUUGUUCAGAGGAGCCAAGAACUAAGGUAGAAGUGGCCUCUUUUGGAGUUGGCACUGCUGAUUGGUUCGAUUCUUGGGAGCAGAACGGGAAUGAAGGAAACUGGCAACAGAAAACGACUAAGCUGGAACUACGGGGCGGUGCCAAGUACUACUUGGAAGCAGAGCAGCUUGGGAUCGCCCCCAGCAGGGGGAUGAGAAUUGGGGUCCAGAUCCACAACACCUGGCUGAAUCCUGAUGUGGUCAACACAUACCUUCUGGAGAAACACCAGAUCCGAGCCCGAGCCCAGAGACUUCCAGAAAUACAGAUGUUGAAUGUGUCAGCUACAGGAAGCUUUUUUCUUACGUGGGACAAUGUGUCUAGCCAGCCAGUUCCUGCAAAUGCUACAGCCCAACAGAUCCAAGCCACCAUUGAGGAGCUGCUUGCAGUAAAAUGCCAUCUGGAACCCGUUUCAGCUCACAUUCUGCUCCGACUUGGAUUUGAGCAAGGCCUAGAAGGUUCCAGCUCUGAUGGGGUCCUCACCAGUUCAACUGAGCCCUUCUGUGGCAGAUUCAGCCUGGGUCAACUUCGACACCUUAUUCUUUACCCCUCAGCUGACAAAAAUGGCUAUCAGCUGGAUCAGUACCCAUAUCUGUGCACCGCAUACAGAAGCCACAUAAACAGGACCCUGACGAUGACUGUUUCUUUCGUAUUUGCCUUCCAAAAUGUCACAAAGAAUACCACUUGCAACUGGAGUCUCACGGAACCUCACCCUGAGAGCUGGCAGUUCACUUGCAUCAACCUCUGGGACACAUGUGUGCGUCGCUCUGAGGAUCUCCCAUCUUCUCUGGCAAACGCACCACUGCUGGUUCAUCGGAUUGACAUCCUUCCUGUGGCCCCGAAGGCAGGCCUGCUCUAUCUGGAUGAAAUCAUUCUUGCAGAUACAAGCAUAACAGUUUCUCAAGCUGAUCCUGGAACAGCCCGCCCAGGUGGGAACCUGGUGGAGUCAGUCUCGGUGGUGGGAUUCCCUCCAGUCUACAGCAUAGCCUUCUGGUUGGCAGGCUGUGGUUCAGAGCUUCCUCUCAUCACUGCAUGCUAUGUGCCCGCUGAGGGGACAGGAGAAGGAUCUGAACUGAUUGAGGUGACAGCGCAGAGACUCCAGAGGACAAGCCCACCUUUAGGAGGACACUUCUUCCUCCAACUCUUUGAUACAGUGAUACUCGAUGUUUCAGUGCGCAUGUCUUCCAGACAGCUUCACAAGCUAUUGCAGGACAAUGCUGACGUGUCCACAUCUGGAUACCUCAAUGUCAGCGACAUCACUGUGACGAAGGAGCUAAACUCGUGCUAUGAACAUGUGUGGACUCUUUCUUGGACUACUCAGAUCGGGGAUUUGCCCAAUUCUAUCAGUGUCUCAGAUAAAAAUCUCACUGGAGUGAAUCCUGCUGUAACUGCUCGUGUGGUGUAUGAUGGUGGAGUUUUCCUUGGGCCCAUCUUUGGAGACAUGUUGGCUACUGCCAACCAGCAAACUCAGGUAGCUGUGCAAGUGAAUGACGUUCCAGCCCAUUGUUCAGGCUCCUGCUCUUUCCAGUACCUGCAAGAGUCAACUCCCAGUGUGGAUUAUGUGUCGUAUUCCCCUGGAUGUGACAUCAACCUCCUGGUUUAUUUCACUGGAACUGGUUUCCCUAGAGAUGCCCAGUCCUUGCAGGUUACAGUGAACCAAACAAGAUGUGAAGUUAUUUUCUCAAAUGAAACAAAUGUGGUCUGUGAGCUGGACCUGCUACCAGUCGGAGUGCAUCAGAUUUUGAUGCUGGUGAGACCUUCAGGCCUUGCUGUUAAUGCCAGUGGAGAAGGCCUCUUGCUGUAUGUGGAACCCAGGCUGGAUGCUGUGGAGCCUGCUGCAGUUGCAGAGAUAGGAGGACUGUGGGUUACCAUCCGAGGUUGCCAUUUGGAAGGUACCAGUCUGGUGCUGUUUGGAACUCAGUCGUGUGCCAUUGAUGCCAUUAGCAGCAGUUCACGACAAAUUCGGUGCAAAGUUCCACCCAGGGGGAAAGAUGGAUACACUGUGAAUGUGACCGCAAUCAUUGGAGAGCACUCCCCAGUUCUUCCCAGAGCACUUACUUAUGUCUCCUCUUUAAAUCCAGUGGUUGUGUCUUUGAGCAGAAACAGAAGCAGCAUCGCAGGAGGCGAGAUCCUGUUCCUUGGGAUGGCAAGGCUGGCGAACGACUCCGACCUGGAUGUCCAAAUCCGUGUGCAGAACACCUCUGCUCAGGUCCUCACACAGACAGCUUGGGGACUGGAGUUGAUGCUGCCCCCACUGCCAACUGGCAUUCACACGAUUUCAGUCUUCAUUAAUGGAGUCAGCAUUCGUGCCCAGGGGGUUGAUCUCCACAUCCAGUACCUCACUGAAGUUUUCAGCAUGGAGCCUUGCUCUGGGUCUCUUCUGGGUGGGACCAUCCUCAGCAUUGCAGGAAUAGGACUCGGCAGAGACCCGGCUCUGAUUUGGAUACUCGUGGACAACCAGACUUGCGAUAUCGUGACCUUAACCGACACGAAAGUCUGGUGUGAGACUCCUCCAGCCGCACUGUCACCUGGGGCAGAUGUUCUCAGUGUCUCCGCUUCUGUGGAGAUCUGGGUCGGGAACACAUCUUUCCUCCAUGGUCCAAGCGUGGUGGGGAAGGGCCUUACCUUCACGUAUGAAGCAGCCACAACACCAGAGGUCACUUCUCUGUGGGAAGAACUCACAAACAACAGCCUGCGGUUCUGUGUGGAAGGAAAUAACCUUUCUGACUCAGCCAUUCUUUUCGGAACCUGGAAAUGUGACCUUGAAGUGCAAUCUUUUGUCGAGACUGCGAGCUUGUCUGAGUGCUCCUUUCCUCUCGACAAUUUGGAAGCAGGGGUCUAUCCUCUCCAUGUUCGCCACAAGUGGAUGGGGUUUGCCAACAUGUCGGCAGUGCCCCAGAAGUUUGAGUUGUCACCGCAGAUAAUGGCCAUCUUCCCAACACGUGGUUCUCUGUGUGGUGGGACCAUACUCACUGUGAAGGGGGUGGCCUUCAAUUCGAGACGGAGGUCAGUUCAUGUUGACCUUUCGGGCCCUUUUGCUUGUGUGAUUUUGAGUUUGAGAGGCCACACAAUCCUAUGCCAGACCAAAUUGGUGGGCAACCACUUUUCUGCAGUGCCACCUGCUCUAAAUGUCACAGUUGUGGUCAAUGGGCUGGCCAGCAAGUGUGUGGGAAACUGUACACUCCUCAUGCAGGAAGAAGUGACGCCAACUGUGGUUGCCUUGACUGCAAGCAUCAGUGGUUCUGUAACCACGGUGCUGAUGAGAUGCCAACGGUUAGGUACCACGGAUGCUGCACCAACAGUGUUUGUGGACGAUCAGCUUCCUUGCCACACAACUUUCUUCAACACCAGCCAUGUGGCUUGCCAGAUGAGCGACUUGCCCCCAGGGCUCCACUAUCUGUCAGCUGUUCAUACACACACUGGAUAUGCGUGCCUGGAUAGCGCUUCUAGAAACUUCUUCAUUGCGCCUCAGGUGUUUGACUAUUUUCCCAAGAAUUGCAGCAUCCACGGUGGAAAUUUCUUGACCAUAAAAGGCACAGCUCUUAGGGGACGGAACGCUACAUUUGUCUAUGUUGGCCAGCGGGCUUGUCUCACCGUGAACAUCAGUUACGAGCUCAUCCAGUGCAUCCUUCCUGCAGGAAGUGGCUCUGUGGCCCUGGAAAUAGAGGUGGAUGGAGUUUUGGGCCACGUGGGACUCAUUGGUUAUAGCAGUGUCUUUACCCCGCAACUGCUUUCUGUUUCACGGAGUCAUGACAUCUUAACCUUUGCAGUGGCCCAGAUCUCAGGGGCUGCGAAUGUUGUCAUUUUUAUUGGGAAGUCACCAUGCACGGGUGUCUCUGGGAACCGUACAGGUCUCCAGUGUAUGGUUCCUUUACUUCCUGCUGGGGAGUAUCCUGUCACAGGCUAUGACCACAGUAGAGGCUGGGCCUCUUCGGCUCUCAUUCUGGAGCAGAGAGCAACUGUGACCUCAGUGACGAAGAACUUUGGUUGCCUGGGUGGAAGGCUUUUGCAUGUGUUUGGAGCAGGAUUUUCUCCAGAGAAGAUCUCCGCUGCCGUGUGUGGUGCUCCGUGCCAAGUCUUGGCUAAUGCAACAGUGUCUGCCUUCAGCUGCCUGGUUCUGCCCCUGGAUGUGUCCUUGGCUUCCCUGUGUGACCUGAGGCGUGCAGAAGACAGCUGUGAAGUCAGCGGCCACACCUACUUGCGCUGCGAUUUGACCAUCACCAUGGGGACAAAGAGACUGCCUGGCUCCUGGCCUUACCUCUACUGCUGUGAAGAGAGUCCCCAGUGUCUCUUAGCACCAGAUCACUGGGCGGAGCCAGCCUCCCCACCCUUCUCAGGCCUCUUCCUCAGCCCUAAAGUGGAAAGAGAUGAAGUUCUCAUCUAUAAUAGCUCCUGUAACAUUACCAUGGAAACUGAGGCAGAGAUGGAGUGCGAGACGCCUAAUCAGCCAAUUAUCGCCAAGAUUACUGAAAUACAGAAAAGCCGGGGCCAGAACACUCAGGGCAACUUUUCCUUCCAGUUCUGUCGGAGGUGGUCCAGGCCUCACAGUUGGUUUCCCCAUAGAGUACCACAAGAUGGCGACAGCGUCACGGUGGAGACCGGCCAGCUGCUCCUGCUGGAUGCGAACACAAGCCUCCUGAGUUCGCUGCACCUUAAAGGUGGCAAGCUGAUUUUCAUGGAACCAGGACCCACUGAGCUCAGAGCCCACUCCAUCCUUAUUACAGAUGGUGGAGAGCUCCACAUCGGCUCCGAGUUCAAGCCUUUCCAAGGCAAAGCUCAGCUCAAACUCUAUGGAAGUUCUCUCUCUAUCCCCUUCUUUCCCUAUGGAGUGAAGUUCCUGGCGGUGAGGAAUGGAACCCUUUCCCUGCAUGGUGUGGUUCCAGAAGUGACUGUGACCUAUCUUCGAGCCCCUGCAUGUGCAGGAGACACAACAUUGGUUCUGGAGGAAGCUGUGGACUGGCACCCUGGGGAUGAGGCUGUCAUCAUCAGUGCGAUGAGUGUUGAAGGCACCGGAUCAAUGGAAGAGGUUGUUGUUGUGGAAACUGUGCACAAUGCAGAACUCCAUCUCAGGACUCCCUUGAGAUAUUCUUACAACAUCACAGAGAACUGGGUAGCUGGAAAGAAUCAUAUUUUGAAGUCUACUGUGGCUCUUCUCAGCAGGAACAUAGUCAUCCAAGGAAAUCUUACUCUUGAGAGGGUAAAGCACCUCCAUUCCUGCCAGGAAGUCAAUGCUGCUGAAGGAAACCUAAAGCACUGUUUGUAUUAUAAGAGUGAGAAAAUGCUGGGAGCCAGGGAUCUGGGGGCCAGAGUGAUCAUUCAGUCCUUUCCAGAGGAGCCCAGCUUGGUCAAGCUGAAGGGAGUGCAGUUUCGAGACCUGGGGCAGGCCUUCAGUAAGCAUUCAAGCUCACUCACCUUGGUGGGAGCCUUGAGAGGUUCCUAUCUCCAGAGCUGUUCAAUAUGGGGUUCAUUCAGCAGAGGCCUUAGUAUGCACAGGACCUGGGGCCUGAGGGUGGAGAGUAAUAUAUUCUACAAGAUUAUAGGUCAUGCCCUGCUGGUGGGGACCUAUAUGGACAGAAAGUUUACAGCUAGUGAGACUAUUACUGGAAGAAAAAAUGACUGGUGGGAACAGGGAAGUACAAUAAGAAACAAUGUGAUCAUCAGUGUUUCUGGGGCUGAGGGACUGUCCAGUCCUGAAAUGUUGGCACCAGCUGGCGUCUACACUUUCAGUCCCACCAAUGUGAUAGAGGGCAACAGAGUGUGUGCAGCUGGCUAUGGCUAUGUUUUCUACCUUGUGACCAGCCGAACCUCACAAGCUCCACUCCUUUCGUUCAUGUUGAACACUGCUCACUCUUGCACCAGGUAUGGCCUCCUUAUAUAUCCUAAAUUUCAGCCACUUUGGAAUAAUGACACAGGCUUCACUCUCUUCCAAGAUUUCAUGGUUUGGGGAAGUGCAGGUGGUGCCAAGAUUUUCAGAAGCAGCAAUCUGCACCUGAAGAACUUCCAGGUUUAUGCAUGCAGAGACUGCGGAAUCGACAUCUUGGAAAGCGAUGAGGACACUGUGGUUAUGGACAGCUUUUUACUUGGUCAUUUCUCACACAAGGGAAGUCUAUGUAUGUCAGCUGGGAUUAAAACGCCCAAAAGAUGGGAACUGACGGUUUCUAAUACAACUUUCGUUAAUUUUGAUAUGAACUGUGUGGCCAUCAGAACCUGUUCUGGCUGUUCCCAAGGACAGGGUGGAUUUACUGUGAAGACCAGGGAAUUAAAGUUUGAAAACUCUCCAAAUUUAGUAGGAUUUCCAUUUCCUCAUGCAGCAGUUCUGGAAGACUUGGAUGGGUCCCUGUCUGGGAAAAAUGGAAGUCACAUUCUUCCUUCUAUGGAGACCCUCUCCAAUACAUGCUUGGUCAAUGCAAGCUUCAGUCAUAUUGUCCCUGGGAGCAUCUGUGGGGAAAGUGUUGUCCUCCAUCGUAUGUCUAUUGGCUUAGAUAAGGCCCUUGAUGUUCCUAAGAAUUUAACCAUGACUGACGGCAAAAAUAAGACAAUCACGGUCAAUUACGUAGGUGACACGUCGUCUAACGUCUAUGGCUGGAUGGCUCUGCUCGUGGAUCAGGAGACCUACUCACUGCAGUUCCAGAACAACGGUCGGAUGGAGCGCUCUUUACAGUACUCAGCAACAUUUGACAGCUUUGCCCCCGGAAAUCACAUCCUGCUGCUGCACGGGGAUCUACCACCUUUCCCGGACAUCCUCAUCAGGUGUGGAAGUCGCCUGGGUCAGUCACUGCUGUCUCCCCCUUUGCCCAGUCGUGACAGAGGCUGUGACUGGUUCUUCAACAGCCAGUCGGGGCAGCUCACCUAUCUCGUUUCAGGGGAAGGCCAAGUUCAGGUGUUUCUCCAGGUGAGGGAAGGUGUGCCUCCGACUGUUUCAGCUUCCACAUCUGUACCUGAAUCAUCUUUAAAAUGGUCCCUUCCUGAAACAUGGCAGGAUGUUGCAAAGGGCUGGGGAGGAUACAACCAGACCCUUCCAGGACCUGGUGAUGACGUCUUGAUUUUACCCAACAGGACUGUUCUGGUGGAUACUGAUCUCCCAGUGCUUAGACGCCUCUAUGUGAUGGGGACCCUAGAAUUCCCUGUGGACAGAAGCAAUGUUCUGAGUGUGGCCUGCUUACUCAUUGCAGGAGGGGAACUGAAAGUAGGUACUUUAACAAAUCCCUUAGAAAAAGAACAAAGACUUCUGAUUAUCCUCAGAGCCUCAGAAGAAAUAUUUUGUGACUAUUUUAAUGGAAUAAGUGUUGACCCAGGAACAAUUGGAGUUUAUGGGAAGCUUUCCCUUUACAGUGCUUAUCCUAAGAAAUCCUGGGUACACCUUGGAGCCGAUAUUGCACCAGGAAAUGAGAGAAUUAUAGUAGAUGAUGAAGUGAAUUGGCUGCCCCACGACAAGAUCGUCCUCAGCUCUUCUUCUUAUGAGCCUCAUGAGGCAGAGGUCCUCACAAUCAAGGAAAUCAAGGGCUAUCACAUCAGGAUCUAUGAACGUCUUAGACACCGACACAUUGGAAGUGCCCAUAUUAUGGAGGAUGGUCAACGCAUUCCUUUGGCUGCUGAGGUUGGACUAUUGACUAGGAACAUUAAAAUUCAACCUGACUCGUCCUGUAGAGGGAGACUCCUUGUGGGGUCCUUCAGGAAUUCUAGCAGAGAAGAGCUUUCCGGUGUUCUUCAACUUCUAAAUGUAGAAAUUCAAAACUUGGGGUCACCAAUGUAUGCAUCCAUUGAGUUCACUGGUAUAUCAGCAGGAUCCUGGGUGAUAUCUUCUACCAUACACCAGAGCUGCGGCAUGGGCAUCCAUGCAUCUGCCAGUCAUGGGAUCAUUUUAAACGACAACAUAGUAUUUGGUACCAAUGGCCAUGGCAUUGAUCUGGAGGGUCUGAACUAUUCUCUCACUAAUAACCUUGUCAUCUUAACGAUGCAGUCAACAAAGUUAUCUCCUUGGGUGGCAGGAAUCAAAGUGAACUAUGCAAAGGAUGUCAUUCUCCAUGGCAAUGCAGUGGCAGGAUCAGAAAGACUUGGCUUUCAUAUAUGUGGCCAUGGCUGCUCUUCUGAAAUGCUUUGGUCUGACAAUGUGGUCCACUCAAGCCUCCAUGGCCUUCACCUCUAUAAGAGACACGAACCCAACAACUGUACUGGUGUCUCUGGAUUUCUGGCCUUUAAGAACUUUGACUAUGGUGCCAUGGUACAGACGGAAAAUAGUUUGGUCCUGCAGAACAUCACUCUGGUAGACAAUACUAUUGGCCUUUUGGCAGCUGCAUCUGUAUCUUCUGCUCCACUGAGCUCCAUUAUUGAUGUGCAGAUUGUGCUUAGGAAUUCAGUCAUUGUGGCCACUAGCUCCUCUUUUGACUGCAUUCAAGACAGGAAGACACCUCAGUCAGCCAACUGGACAUCAACAGACAGAGCGCCUUCCAAUGCCAGAGGGGGCCGGAUUGGCAUCCUGUGGCCAGUUUUCACCUCAGAACCAAAUCAAUGGCCUCAGGAGCCAUGGCACAAAGUGAGAAGUGGCCAUUUAGUCUCCGGCAUCAUGAAGCUUCAAGAUGUCACAUUUUCUAGUUUUGUAAAGAGUUGUUAUCGUGGUGACCUGGAUAUCUGCAUCCUGCCUAAUGAAUACAGCACUGGAAUCAUGUACCCAAUAACAGCAGAGAGGACCAGGAUGCUAAGGAUGAAGGACAAAAACAAGUUCUACUUUCCUCCAUCACAGCCCAGGAAAGACUUAGAGGAAACCGUUUGCCAUGAAUCAGACUGGGAAAAUCCAAGAAAAUACCUCUUCAUCGAUCUGGAUGGGAGAACUCUGGGUCUGCCCCCACCAGUUUCUGUGUUUCCAAAGACAGAGGCAGAAUGGACUAGCCAAUUCUUCAACACAGGUAUCUUCAGAGAUGAACAGAAAUGCACAUUCCGAGCAAUGAUCCAGGGCUUCUUCUGCAAGCAGACUGACUAUGUGAUCUUAAUUCUCCAUAAUGUAGAUGUGCUUUGGACAAUUCCGAAGUCAUACCCACUUGUAUCUGUUACUAAUGGCUUUGUUGACACAUUUAGCAGGGUGAAGGACAGUACACUAUGCCCUAGCACUACCUCUGUGUCUACUUUCUAUUCCAUCUUACCAACCAGACAAAUCACCAAAGUAUGCUUUGUGGAGCAAACACCUCCUGUAUUGCGCUUUUUUCUGCUUGGUAACAGAAGUGCCUCCAAGCUAGUUCUGGCUGUGUUCUACGAUGAGAUUCAGAGCCCUCAUGUUUUCUUAGAAAAAAGAUUUAUUCCACCUACUCCAGUAGAGUCAGCGUCUUCAUUGUUGGAUGAGUCUGCGGGUGCCAACUACUUCGAUAUCAUGAAUAACCUCUUGUAUGUUGUCCUACAAGGAGAGGCGCCUGUUGAAAUACACUCAAGUGUUUCCAUUCAUUUGGCUUUCACUGUGACAUUGUCAGUCCCAGAGAAAGGCUGGGAAAGAGUGAUGCUUGAAAGGCUUACGCACUUCUUACAGACUGACCCAAACCAAAUCAAAUUCAAGCUUGAGAUGCCUGGCAACAAAGAGACCUUAGAAGCCAUUGCAAACGGUAGAGGGAAACGAAAGCGUAAUUGCCCAACUGUAACUUGUGGUGGUGCCUCUACCAGAUCUGGUCAACGCAGACCUCUCAUGGCAGAAGUGAUGCCAGCUAGGAUCACACCAACAACCUCUGUGGAAACUCUCUCAAAGGUGAUUGUCAUUGAAAUAGGUGAUUUGCCAAAUGUAAGGCGCACUGAAUUGAUUCCGUCCUUACCAAGCAACAGGCUGAGGAAUUUGGCUCACCAAGUUAUCACUGCUCAACAAACUGGAGUCCUGGAAAAUGUUCUCGGAAUGACUGUGGGGGCCGUACUGGUAACUCAUUCAGCGGGAGUCAUGGGCUAUAGAAAUACAAGUCAUUUAAGAACUGGGAACCGCAUAUAUACCCGGCCCUCUAUACUUUCCAUUCUGGUGCAGCCUUCAGAUGGGGAAGUGGGAAUAGAUUUGCCGGUUCAACCACAGCUCGUCUUCCUGGAUGAGAAGAACCAAAGAGUGGAGUCUUUGGGUCUCCCUUCAGAGCCUUGGAUUAUUUCAGCUUCCCUGGAAGGGGCUUCAGAUUCAAUGCUAAAAGGAUGCACCCAGGCAGAAACACAGGAUGGCUAUGUGAGCUUCUCCAGACUGGCUGUCUUGAUCUCUGGGUCCAACUGGCGCUUUGUUUUCACUGUUACGUCCCCUCCAGGUGCUAAUUUUACAGCUCGAUCCAAGACCUUUGCUGUCUUACCAGUGACCCACAAGGAGAGAUCCACUAUCAUCCUGGCCUUGUCCCUGUGCUCAGUGGUGUCAUGGCUGGCUCUGAGCUGUCUCAUAUGCUGCUGGUUCAGGAAAAACAAAAAUAGAAAAAUAAAACCUGAAGAUAUAUCUGAAUCCCAGGCUAAGGAUCAAAAGAAGAACGCCCGUAACUCUUCCAAACACCGAGGACUACAAGUAAAGACAGCAAAAGAAGACACUGUGAUGAGGGAAGAUAUGAGGAUAAAGGUCAUGCAGGCAAGGCAGAACCAGUUUUCCCAACAGUCAAUGGAUGGAGUGUCUAAAAGGAACGUUAGUCGCCGUGCUGUCCCAGAGGAAGGAGCCGCUACACCUGCCCCGAGGAUUCCCAGAAUCACAUCCCAGGGGCUCACCUGUGUUCCAGGAUCUCUUGCUCAGCAGCUGACCCUGCAGGAUCCUGGGAAUUGGAAGGAAGCCCAAAAGCAGUUGCUCAGAUACCAGCUGGCAGGCCACAAUCAGCUGCUUCUGUUAUGCCCAGACCUCAGGCAAGAGAGGCAGCAGGGUCAGGAGUCUAGCCAGCGAAACAAAGGGAACAACUCCAUGGGACUUUCCCCAGAGAAGGGUACUAGUAUUCCCUCUGAGGCUGUCUGCCUCCCCACAGCACCACCAGAAGCCAUCCAGUAGCAGCUGUGAGCGUGGAACUGUGU